GAGAUGGGGGCGGGGCCUCGCCGUUGCCGCGGCGACGCGCGGUGUUUGUGCUCCGGGCGGGGCGGUCUCGGAGCGCCACCAUGGCCACCCCGCAGCCCUGUCGGCCCAAGCCUGUCGUUAGCCGCUUGCAGCCGCCGCCCCCACGGCCGCUGCAGGUGAAGAUAGUGGGACUGUAUAACAGCUCCAGCUUUCAGGUUGCGAAGAUCGCGGCUGAGACUCUAAGGAACAAUUAUCCAUCCAGAUUUGAAGAUCCUAUAUUGGUUCCUCUUCAAGAAUUUGCAUGGACUCAAUAUCUACAAGAAAAGAAAAGGGAACUCAAGGGUGAAACCUGGGAAUAUUCUUCCCUUGUGAUGUGUUUUAUUAAUGAUCGACUCCUGGGUAAUGCAUUUGAUUUGCAGAAAUGGGCCCAAAAGAUGUGGGAUGUAGUUGACAUUAGACCUUCUGAAUUGUAUGAGGCUCUAACUUUGAAUUAUGCUAUUAAAUUCGUAAAAGACACUAAGCAUGAUUUUGUAUUCUUGGAUAUUUGUAUUGGGACUUCACCAACUGGAAGACUGGUUUUUGAGCUCUACUGUGAUAUAUGUCCCAAAACAUGUAAAAACUUUCAGAUCUUAUGCACAGGACAAGCAGGGUUUUCUGAAAGGGGCGUGAGGCUGCAUUACAAAGAUUCAAUUUUUCAUCGAAUUGUAUCAAAUGGCUGGAUACAAGGAGGAGAUAUAGUAGCUGGAAGAGGAGAUGAUGGAGAGUCUAUUUAUGGACCAACAUUUGAAGAUGAAAACUUUUCAAUUCCUCAUAAUAAACGAGGAGUGCUUGGAAUGGUCAACAGAGGCCACCAUACCAAUGCAUCACAAUUCUAUAUCACACUUCAAUCAGCUCCCUAUCUGGAUAGGAAAUAUGUGGCGUUUGGGCAAUUGGUUGAAGGAACAGAAGUUCUUAAAAAACUAGAAGUAGUUCCAACAGAGAACGAAAGACCAAUAUCUACAUGUAGAAUAACUGACAGCGGAAAUGUUUGAUUUUUUUAUGUGAAUAUUUUCUACAAUGGUUUAUUACUUUGCAUCUGAUCAAUUGUUUAUACAUCGAA